CCCCCCCCCCCCCCCCCCCCCCCCCCCCCCCCCCCCCCCCCCCCCCCCCCCCCCCCCCCCCCCCCCCCCCCCCCCCCCCCCCCCCCCCCCCCCCCCCCCCCCCCCCCCCCCCCCCCCCCCCCCUAAUAAUAAAGAAGAAAAAUAAUAAGAAAGUUGAUUAUUUAUAAUCUAUUUCUAAAAUCUGAAAUGUAAGUUUGUGAUUUUUUUUCCUUUCAUAUACACUGAUAGAAAUCGCAUCGAUCCAGAAACAUAAUUACAUAGGAAAAGCGUCAAUUUUACUACCCUUAAAGUACAUAUUAAAUAGUACGUUUCAUUCCUUAUACGUGUAGGAAGCAAGGAUCACUCCACAGUGUCCGCUCCUUCCUCUUCUAUUUUUUAUUUAAUCAUUUCCGUGCCAAUGUUACAAUUGUUCUUUCAUUCGAUGUCUUAUGUCAAUAAAGGGUACGGAAGCAACCUAUAUAUCCAUAUUCAUAAAUAAUUUCACACUCAAAUAAAACAAAUUCUGGCAAAUAUAUAUUUAAAGCUUAGUAAUAACGUAUAUAUAGACAGAUGAAGAGAGACAGAGAGAAAGAGAGAUAUCGUCUUCAUUGCUAUUAUUCUUAUACAUUUUUCCAAAGGUAUGUUCUUAACUUGAUAUUAUAAAGUGUAUGUAGAAAAAGGAAACUUUUUUCUUCUCUCUCUGUGUCUCUUUCUCUCUCUCUCUAUCUGUCUUGUGGUCUAUAUUUGUAUUUCAUUUUGCAAAUGAAGGAAUUUGUCAGUUUUCGUACUUUUUUUUAUUGUUCUUUAACAAACGGAAGCCGAGCUUAUAAUUUAUACAGACCUACAGUAAUAAUAGUAAUAAUAAUAAGAAAAAAAAUAGGUUCUUUUUUAAAGUUUACUAUCUCUCUUUCUCUCUUUCUGUGUACACGACUUUUAUAAAUCCAUUUCAAUACGUAAAAUAUAGAACGUUUAACCAUCCCGAGCAUACUACUGAAGAAAAAGUUAGAGUGUCCGAUUUUUUGCUGUUUUUUAAUCUCCAUUGUUCACCAAUUGAACUAAAUUGUUCUCAAAUUUUGUUUAUUCUGGAUCUUAUAACUAUUAGCAGUACUUUUGUCUUCUCUCAACAAAUUUCUUUUUCUUUUUGUAUUUACUAGACUUUUGAUUUUUACAAUUUUAGAAAUAGUUCUAAAAGGUUAAUCUUUUCACUCGCUUUUUCUGGAUAACUUUUGAUACAUACUAUAGAUCAUAUUUCGUUUACUCUUUUAUUACUUUGAUGAGUAAAACAUUACUCAUUUAGUUAAAAUUGUAAUAGAUACCUAUUCAUAAGUAUAGUUAACAAAGAUCAUUUUUACAUAGAAUUAAACAAGAUUUAAGUCAUGAAAAGUAUGUAAUUUAAUCGAGUCAGAUAUCGUCACAAUCACAUAAAUUUCUGUUGAUCUUUCUCUUAAACAAUUAUAUCCGUAGGACAUUGACAAAAAAUUCUAUAGUCUCGUUUUGUAGUGUUGUAUAGUUUAUUAUAGGAUGAGAGUUGAGUUUUAAAAUAUAUUUGGUUAGAAGGAGUAUGUUCAACUUUUUAACUUGUUUGAACUAAAUACACAAAGCCUGAAUACAAAACAACUUUCUAAAACAGAUUUCAUAUUGCACAGAUUAAUUUAUUUUCUUUGUUCAUUUUAACGUAUAACUAAUAGCCUGAAGAAAGAAAUUCUCAAUCGUAAUUUUAUCCCUACUUCUCGUUCCAUUACGUAUGUCAAUGUAAAAUUCAAGUGGAGAUUUUUCAGUCUCCUUCACUCUCAGAAGCAUUUUUUAUUUUUUAUUGAAAAAAAAAAAAAUAAAUAAGCAAAAAAAUAUAAUUGAUUUUAUAUGUAAGUCUUGAAUAGUCAGACAUUAUUUUAUUAGAAUAAGUUUAAGAAAUGGUACGAAGAUUGUCGUUAUAUUUUUCUAAUUAAUUAAAGUCGUAGAAAUAUCGACAUAAAACCAUAUUAUAUCCACAAAAAAGCUGCUUUUUUAAACUAUGAACGUCUGUUUAUUGUGUUUCCAAUCAAUAUGUUCCUGACCAAAUUUAGCUAUCUAUUAUCCCUCAAAUAUGACUAUGAUUUUUUUCUUUACUUUUACUCAAAAUUUCAAAUUUCGAGAAACACCUUUAAAAGUUGGUCUAAAAAGAAAUCUUGACCUAUCACUUGUUGUAUAAAAAUGAAAAUAUCCACUACCAAAUAAAAAAGAAGAUCUAAAUUUUUGUAGAAAGUGGUCAUUUGAGUAUUAAGUGUAUGCAUUUUUUUUGUCAAAAAAACAGUACUACACUUAUCAGUUGAAGUUUCAUACAUGAAGUGUCUACUAUUUUUGUUGUAUAAACAACAUCAUUAACAAUAUCCUUUUUUCUCUUUUCUUUUAGAGAUCUAUGAAGGCUCGUAUUGAAAAAAGUCCACCAUCGCGUGUUGUCCAUUUACGAAAUAUUGAUGCCAGUGAAGUUGAAAUUGUUCAAUUUGGAUUACCAUUUGGAAAAAUAACCAACGUAUUAAAUUUAAGAAAAAAAAAUCAAGCAUUUUUGGAGUUUGAUACAAUUGAUCAUGCUCAAGCAAUGGUCGAAUAUUUUUCAUCUGUACCGAUCUUGUUAAAUGGUCGUCAAAUAUUUGUUCAAUUUUCAAAUCAUCAAGAAUUAAAAACCGAUCCAAAUAAUGCAAACAAUCAACAAGCUCAAGCUGCACUACAAUCAGCAACACUUUUACAAGAUAUUGGACAAACAGGCGGACAAAAUUGUGUUUUACGUGUUGUUGUUACAAAUAUGUUAUAUCCUGUCAGUGUAGAAAUAUUCAAUCAGAUAUUCGGCAAAUUUGGUGUCGUUCUUAAAAUCAUUACAUUUACAAAAAAUGAUAAAUUUCAAGCUUUAAUACAAAUGAAAGAUGCAAAUACGGCACAAUCAGCAAAACUGAAUCUUCAUGGGCAAAACAUUUACAAUGGCUGUUGUACAUUACAAAUUGAUUUUUCUAAGUUACAUUCUUUAAAUGUGAAAUAUAAUAAUGAAAAAAGUAGAGAUUAUACAAAUCCAACAUUGCCCGCUGGUGAAAAUGCAAAUGAACCAAUUAAUAUAGGCGGACGAUAUUUAACAGGCAUUCCAAAUGUUUAUGGUUCACCAAUCAUGACGGUACCUGUUAGUAGUUUAGGUGGAGCACCGUUGACAGCCCUAUCUGUCAGCAAUGCAUUACAAUUUUCUGGUGGUGCGACAAUGUUAAGUGCAUCUGCUGGUAAUCCAUUAAAUUCAUUAGCAAGUGCUCAACACUUUAGUAUUAGUCCAAUGACAAAUGGAACAUCGACAAUCUCUUUACCAUCACCAUCAAAUGGCAAUGUACAAACAAUUUCCAACAGUCAUCCUCAAUCGGGACCCAUUCAAUCAUCACAAUCGAGUCCAUACAUAUUUUUACCAAAUUUAAACGAUGAGGUAUGUGGAAAAACGCCAUUGUUUUUCUAUAAUAGUCCUCAAUCAACAAUGUAUCAUGAUGUUUUACGUUUGUGA